UGGUUUUCAGUUCAUCAGUCGCACAGCUCUCCCAGCAACAGCAUCAGGAAAUUUUUUCUUUUAACACAGAAAUACUCCAAGAAUCUCAUCAUGAACUUCUACACGAUCUUGGUCAUAUUUUCUCUGAUCCUGGCCAUCAGCGUGGGCCAGUCAGAGGGAGGAUGGUUAAAGAAGAUUGGCAAGAAAAUUGAACGUGUUGGCCAGCACACUCGGGACGCCACCAUCCAGGGACUGGGUAUUGCUCAACAAGCAGCCAAUGUGGCAGCCACAGCUAGAGGCUGAAGAUUCUCUAUAAAUUACGCGCAUCUAUAAUUUAAUUUAUUUUAUAUAACUGUAUUCCUUGACUUAAGUAAAUAAACAAAUUUUAAAUU